AUGGAGAGGUUCAAGAAACUUCAUCCGGCCACUUUUUCCAGGAUUGGCCCGGAGGCGAUGGAACCGGAGAGAUGGAUUAAUGCUUUGGAAAAAGCCUUCGCUGUAUUAGAAUGUACCGAUGCCCAAAAGUUGAUAUGCGUCGGGUACCAGUUGCAGAAUGAGGCUGAAGCAUGGUGGAAGUCGACGCGACCAAAUUUGGAGGCGACUCAUCCCAACCCCACUUGGGAGCAGUUCAAGGAAGUCUUUUUUAAGAAUUAUUUUUCUGAGAGUUUCAGAGAUAAGAAGGAAGCUGAAUUCUCUGCCCUCGUACAAGGAUCGAAGACAGUGUUAGAUUACCAACAGCAGUUUGAGGAUUUGUCCCAUUUUGCACCAGAACAUAUGAAGGGGGAGGCUAGCAAAACGAAGAAAUUUGAAAAGGGGCUCAAGCUUGAGAUCGGGUCCAUCCUGUCAGUCAUGGAUAUUCAAACCUAUGCACAGAUGGUCGAUAAAGCCAAGACGAUAGAGGAUAGACUGAAUGAGGGGACCACAGUAUUAACGGGGCUAGGUAAGGGGCUUAAUACCUUCCAAAAUUUAGAGUGGCCCAACGAGACCUUCUAA